AUGUCCAGUAGUUCAGACGAAGAAGAACUUUUACUUUUAUACGCAGUAGUUGAAAGUCAACAAAAGGGGAAGCGAAUUUGGGUUCGUGGCAUAAAUAAAAAAAGAGAAAAUUAUGGCGAAUACCACCGUUUAUGUCGUCAACUGGAGUCACAUGAAGACCGUUUUUAUUUGUACUUCCGGAUGUCUCAGGAUAGUUUUGAAGAAUUGUACGAACUGAUUUUACCAAGGAUUGAAAAAAAAACUACAAACUGGAGGAAACCAAUACACACAAGAGAAAGACUUGCAAUUUGUCUCAGGUAUGCAAUAAAAAAAUAA